AUGGUCGACCCCAUCCCGCCGGAGGUGCAGAAGGUAUGGGACAAAUGGAAUAUCCGAGGCACCAUUCUGUUCAGUCUCUCAUUGCAGACCUUCCUGGUUUUGCUCGCCCCAUACCGCAAAUCUACAAGGAAAAGAAUCUUAAUCAUGCUCAUCUGGUCCGCUUACUUGCUCGCCGACGCUGCUGCUAAUUUCACUGUGGGUCUCAUCUCCAAUAACCAAGGCAGUGGUUCUAAAAAAUCUGGCUCCUCUACGUCCAAGUCUUCUUCUCAUCAUAGUAACGAUGCUCUCCUGGCCUUCUGGGCUCCCUUUCUUUUGUUGCAUCUGGGUGGUCCCGAUACAAUCACUGCUUUUGCUCUUGAAGAUAACGAGCUUUGGCUUAGGCACUUGCUCGGUCUCGGCUUUCAAGCUGUUGCAACUCUUUAUGUCUUUGCUCAGUCACUCCCAAAGAACAGGUUUUGGGUUCCCACCGUGCUAAUGUUUGUGGCUGGAACCAUCAAGUAUGUGGAGCGGACGCGUGCUCUGUAUCUCGCGAGCUUGGACAGGUUUCGAGAUUCCAUGCUCAAAGAGGCUGAUCCUGGGCCUAACUACGCAAAGCUUAUGGAGGAGUACGCUUCCAAGAGAGACAACAAACUUCCGACGCGAAUUAUUAUGAUUCCAGAGCCUGAUAAAGAAGCCAGGGCCACUGAUAUGCCAGUUAAGGAAGGCAAAUUGAACAAUCUGGAAGUAGUGCAUUAUGCUUAUAAGUACUUUCUAAUCUUCAAGGGGCUUGUGGUGGAUCUCAUAUUUAGCUUCCGUGAGCGUAACGAGAGCCGGGAAUUCUUCAAAAAGAGAAAACCAAUCGAUGCUCUGAGGGUCAUCGAGGUUGAACUCAACUUCAUAUACGAGGUUCUUUACACUAAAGUACAAGUUGUGCAUUCCGCUUGGGGAUAUAUAUUCCGAUGUGUAGCCUUUGCUUCCAUUGUAGCAGCUCUUUCUAUCUUCCAUUUCAGAACAAGGAAACACGACCUUAACCAAUUUGAUGUGGGAAUCACCUACACCUUGCUCCUGGGUGCGGUGGUCCUGGAUCUUAUAGCCCUAUUGAUGCUCAUUUUUUCCGACUGGACGUUUGCUACCAUCAAGGACCCUGAUUCCAAUCCCGGGAUCUUGGCUUGGCUCUUCAGUAGCUUCCUUCGGUUCAGGAUGCCAUGGUGGAGAAGCUGCGACUGUACAACCCCUCUUAAACCAGAAGAGAAACCGAUUGAGAGGAUCAAUCAUAAGGUUUUGUCAACUCCCAUUUUGUUCCGAAGGUGGUCUGGAUCUCUCUCAUCCUUCAAUUUGAUAAGUUAUUGCCUGCAGAGCCAUACUAGAAGAAUCCACAAAUUCACGAGAUGGCCACUCGUUAUCGCUAAGGACAUCAGCACCUUUCUGCGCAUUGAUGCAUGUUUCGACUUUGCUGUUGAUUUGAUCAAAAAAUUCACCAAUGCAAUCACCGGUUUACUGUCUUGUGUGAUAAUUGUAUUGGAUUUUAUCAACAACAAAGUCAGCACGGCUAUCACCUAUGUUGUCGAUAAGCUCAACCAUAUUACUGGGCUACACCAUGUUAUAAAAAAGACAAGUAUACUUUGUGGCCAUGUUCGUACAUUCAUCAUGGGAAGUAUGGGGCUCAAGGACUUCAUUGAUGAGAUAUUAUAUGUAUCCCGCGAGCCAUUCACCAAAGAGCUAUGGGAAUUCAUAUUCGAUGAGCUGAAAACCAAAGCCAACCAUGCAGAUGAUCCUGAAACGGCCAAGAGGAUAUCUGCGGCGAGGGGUGAAUGGAUUAUAGUCGAUAGUGAUACAAAAGUUGAUCGCAGCUCACUGAUGCCGUAUAUUACCGAUGUCCAGUACGAUGAAAGCAUUAUAUUGUGGCACAUUGCUACUGAUCUAUGUUACUAUACUUCCAAUGGAAAGAAACUAGACAAGGAAAGCUUUAAUUAUCGAGAAUUUAGUAAGCUUCUCUCGGAUUACAUGUUGUAUCUUUUAAUCUGGCAGCCAACAAUGAUGUCUGCUGUAGGAGGCAUUGGAAAAAUAAGAUUUAGGGACACUUAUGCCGAGGCUGACAGAUUCUUUGCUAGCCGGGGAUUACCAUCACUGGUAGAAAAGCUGAAAGGGAGCGGAAGUGUAGAAGCCAAGGCCUGCGAGGCGAUUCUUUCGGUGACAACAAAUGUUAAACCUGUGGCGGUGAAGGGGGAUAGAAGUAAAUCUGUUCUGUUUGAUGCCAGCAUGUUGGCACAAGAACUAAACAGGCUUGAGGGGGAAGGUCUGGAUAAAUGGAAAUUGAUGAGCAGAGUGUGGGUGGAAUUGAUGUCAUAUGCUGCCAGCCAUUGCAGAGCAAACACGCACGCACAGCAGGUCAGCAAAGGUGGGGAGCUCAUUACUUUUAUUUGGUUGCUCAUGGCUCAUUUUGGUCUCGGGGAGCAGUUCCAGAUCAACGAGGGACAUGCAAGGGCUAAAUUGAUUGUCGGAAAGUAA